UGCACGAUGAGGUUCUCAAGGGUCAGCAAGGCUCCCUUGGCCUCCUCCCACCGCUGCCUCCGUGCUGUUUUCUAGCGACGCGCAAUAGAGAUGGCUGCUCUGUCCUUCGUCCCGUUCCCCGUCGAUCACUCGAUGGAGGCGCUGCCGGUAUCCUCUCGCAUACGGACCAUCUACCCGGAAGACUACUAUCCCAAUGGUGGAUAUGUGCAGCUGCCUUACGGUCGAACACGGUACUACUUGCUCGGACCUGAAGAUGGAACAAAGGUGGCCCUCGUCCACGGUCUCGCGACGCCCAGCGUCACCUACUCCCGCUUGGGGCCUUAUCUGGCCUCAAAAGGCUACAGAGUGUUGCUAUACGACUUGUAUGGCAGAGGAUACAGCGAGGCGCCCAAGACGCCCUAUACCACGAAUAUCUUCGUCGUCCAGCUCGCUUUGCUCAUGCAGUACUUGCGAUGGGAAAGCGCGCACAUCAUCGGAUUCUCCAUGGGUGGCGGAAUCACAGCCGCGUUCACUGCGACCCUCCCUCAUCUUGUUUCCGGAAAUAUCGUCUUGAUCGCUUCUGCCGGUGUACAUAAUAGAGACGAUGAACCGCCACAGGACAAGCCAGCCGUGAUUCCAAUCAGCCAGUAUGCAGAGCUCAUCAAUCUCCAUAAGGAGUUGCUCCCUGGCUAUUCCAACGCCGUGUCUUCUUGUCUCCGUGAAGGACCCAUUCACGAACUCCUGUGGGCAUUUGACAAGCUGGGCAAUACACGCGUUGUUUCUGGAGAGCAAGUUCAGGUGCUUCUCAUACAUGGCACGGACGAUCCGUUGGUUCGCUACGCGGAUUCCAUCGAAAUUCAGAAGCGUAUCCCAACCGCUCAGUUGGUCAGCAUUAGCGGUGGAGGACACGAUGUGCCCGUCCGAGAGGAGCAUUGGCUGCAAGUUGCGGAGAGUACUGAGAAGUUCUUCCGUGCGUAAGGUCACGAGAAAGAUGACACCAAGGUGCAUUAUCACCUGCAAUGAGAAUUGCAUGUAAUAGUAGUCCGAAUGGAAUAUAUUGAUUAGUCGAC